AUGUCGUCCACCCGGUUCAGGUUGUUCCCUUGGUUCAAGACAGAUGAUACGCAGAAAGCCACCACUGUCGCUCAUCGUCCAUCUUAUGGAGACUACGUACUAUCUCGGCUGCCCCAGGAACUCGAACGCUACGUAUUCGAGAUGUCCUGUCAAGAUGACGUCCGGCACGCGAGAAUGCUAAGCCAGGUUGCCCAACGGGUGCGCAUAUGGGUUUCCCCAUUUGUGAAGGAACACGUCCUCCUUGAUGCCCCGGAUUACGAUCGAAGCGUCCGUCAGCUCAUGCGCGACGUCAGCAAGCACCCGCCUCCCGAGUUCUACGUGGGGUCCAUCAUGAUCCCAUACAACUUGAAAAUUCCGGACGCGAUCGUCUUCCUUCGCUCGUACCGCAAGCUCCAGUCCCUUGCGUGCUGGAUCAAGAAGGAGCAUUCGGGGGACAUGCAGAAUCUCUGGGCCGCGCUGAACGAGCACGCGCCAGAGAAGCUCAGCAUCCGGCUUUGGGGCCUCUUUCGUCAGAGCGACGAGGUCGACUGGUCCGCGCCGCUCUUUCAGAGUGUGACCCAUCUGGAGAUCGUCGACUCGCAUCGCGUUUGGCUCGACUGGCGUGGGCUGGCAGUGCCUGAUCGCAGUAAAGGACGCGGUCAUGGAUAUUUUGGAGAACAGUCCACGCAUGGAAGUGCUCGGGAUGAACGCGUCUCACACGGAUGACCGCCGCGUAUUCGAGGUGUUUGACGAGGUGACGGACCCUCGGCUCGUGUUUUACCGCCUGCGCCCUCACGGUCGCGUCGACUGGGCGUGGAAUUGUCACGCCCGCGGCAUGCCGGACUUGUACAACGUCCUCGCAGCGUUCGUGGCCAGUAACCCCACGCCCAAGAGCGCUAAGGACCGGUGGUGCGACAUAGAGAUCU